AUGGAUUAUAUACAAGCAGCACCCACAGAAGCCAAUACUGGCAGUGGAAUUGCAGCCAAGAAGAAAAAAAAGAGGACUGUAAGGGCCCACCAUGAAGACUUGACGUCUAGUUUCAGUAACAUGAACAUUGGACUGAGCUCACCAAAUAUUCCGAUACAGGUUCCAAUUCAAACUCCUCCUAUGGCACUGAACCAGUUUUCUCAGCAGAAUGGAACUUUCCAACCUCUGCAAGGACACCAGCAACAGCUGAACCAAUUUAUGAUGGCGGAACCUGCUGAAAAGUUGACGCUGUCGUCGCCCUCAAUUUCGGAAUCAAGGUAUUACCAACAGCUAGAAUACACCACACCCAUUCAAACUGAAGACGGCUCAAUUCAGUACCCAACAUUCCUAACAUUUCAAAAUGUUGUGCCACCUGUAUCAGGUACUCAAAUACGUUGCUUUGACCAGGGUACUGCCCUGCCUAAGUUUAUUAGAUCAACCAUGUAUAACGUUCCAGAAAGUGAACAGUUGAGGGCAGCCACCAAAUUGCCGAUUUCCGUUACAAUCAGACCGUUUGCACCUCUUUCAAAAAAUGAAGCGCCAAUUCCUGUUGUUGAUAUGUCACAAUUAGGGCUGAUUCCUGGCCAACCGGCUACCAGCAUCCUGGCAGACGUAGGGCCUCCAAGAUGCCACAGGUGUCGUACCUAUAUGAACCCUGCAAUGCAACACAACAUGAGUGGGAAGUUCUCAUGUAACAUUUGUCAAUUCGAUAACAAUUCUUACCCACAGGAAUACUUUUCCCCCAUCGAUCCAAUGAAUGGAAAUAGGAUUGAUGUCCAUGUAAGACCUGAAUUACACUCUGGUGUUUAUGAUUUUAUUGUGCCUCUGACCUACAAUGUGGACGAAAAUGUAACUCACAACGAAAUCCUUCAUCAUGUUUUCUUAAUUGAUAUCAGUGAGAAGAGUAUUAAAAAUAAUCUACCCGUGGUGGUGGCAGAUUCAAUAAGGGCAACAUUGUAUUCUAAUCAAUUUGAGGAAGACGAAUCCAACCAAAAUGCCUUCGUGGGGAAAGUCGCCAUUAUUACCUUUGACAAGAAGAUAAACUUUUAUAAUCUUUCACCAUAUCUUGAAGCAACUCAGUUGUCAGUAUUGACUGACUUAGAAGAUCCAUUUAUCCCCUUCUAUGAUGGACUUUUUGCGGAUCCUGAGGAGAGCAGAAAUGUUAUCGAAGACUGCUUGAACCAUCUUGAGCUGCUCUGCCAAACAAGCGGUCUGCACAACAAAUACCCAGAUCCAGAACCUUGCUUUGCAGCCGCUUGCAGAACUGCAAUGCUUUGUCUUAAAGAAUAUGGUAAAGGAGGGAAAAUCACUUCUGUAUUAAGCGCUUUGCCAUCUUGGGGUCCAGGAAGACUCAAAUAUAGAGACAAUAGGUCUGUUGGAAGAGCACCCACGCCCGAAAUGGAGAAAAGACAAUUCAAUCCAGAUAAUGAAUAUUAUCAUUUAUUAGCAUCAGAUUUUGUUUCCAAUAGUAUUGGCUUAGAUUGUCUUGUUGUCAGCGAUACUAAUGUCGACUUGUCUAAUAUUGGAUGGCUUUGUUCAGCCACUGGUGGCUCUGUUAAUAGAUGGCCCACAUUCAAUUAUUAUAGAGAUGCCAGAGUUCUCACUGCAAGAUUCAAAAACUCAGUGAUUAACAGUGAGGGUUACCAGGGGCAGUUAAAGGUCCGUUGUUCCAAUGGCUUACAAGUUGCACAAUAUUAUGGUACCUCCUCAUCUAUGGUUAAUACUUCACUGGCAGUAGGAGGGGGACCUCAAGACCCAAUAAUUCCGGUAGUCAACCAGGAUCAAUCUUUCACGAUAUUGUUUGACUACGAUGGCAAGUUAAAUACUAAAUACGACUGUCAUUUCCAAGCUGCAAUGCUCUACACUGAUAAAUAUGGUAUUAGGAAGGUUAGGGUAAUUAACUUAGUAUUGGCUGUUAGUGAGAGGUUAGAGGAUGUCUUCAACUUUGUUGAGCAAGAUGCAGUUGUCGCUACUUUAGUUAGAGACACAUUAAGCUUUGUUGGUAAGCAAACGUUCUUGGAAUUGAGAGAAUCUGUUAAUGAAAAGUUAGUCGAAGUGUUCACUCAGUAUAGGGCAAUGAGUGAAUUAGGUCACAAUAAAAAUAGAGCAUUGACGAAGCAGCUAUUAUUCCCUGAUUCUUUGAAACAUUUGCCAAUGUAUUUGCUAUGUUUCAUCAAGACAAGAGCUUUGAGACAAUCUUCCGACGUCAGUGCGGACUCCAGAUUAGCAGAUAUAUUUCAAAUGCUUAACCUGCCAAUUGCAACGUUAAUGUAUAAACUUUACCCUGCAUUAAUUGAAUUGCAUUCAUUGAGAGACGAUGAAGGAAUCGAAUUAUCUAAUGGGUUUAUUUCAUUACCUCACUAUAAAUCAUUGACAAUGCAAUCAGUUGAACAAGGUGUUUAUCUCUUAUGCAAUGGAGAUACCAUAUAUGUAUGGAUUCAACCAUCUUCCAACAUACUUUUACUCAAGGAUUUGUUUGGAGAUCAUAUCAACUCAAUAAAUGAUAUAGAUCCAUUGAUCGAUGAAUUGCCAGAUUUGCCUACACUCAUUUCUACUCAAGCUAGAAAUUUGGUUCGUUAUUUUCAAACUGAGAUAACCGGUUGCCCAUCCUUAGGAGCUGCUGGAAUACAAAUUGCCAGAGAGGGUAUUGAUGCUACCAGUAAACAAGUUCAGGAAUAUUUUGUUGAAGAUAAUCCAAAGGGUGUAAUUGGCACUAAUAGUGUACCUAGUUAUGCAGAUUAUCUUUCCAAUUUGCACAAAGCAAUACGAGUAAAGUUGGAAAAUGACAAAUCUUCGAAUACUGUACGUCAAUCAAUAACAUCUAUUGAAAGUGGAAGUAGAGGUAGUUUUGCUCAAAGGUUAAUUAAUUUCUAA